AUGGGCACGUCGGUGGAUCAGCCAGAACCAGAACCAGGACAUGUGCCGCCUGCUAUUCAAUGGAGGCUCCUUGCGGAAUAUUCAUGUACUCCUCUUAUCGGGAUCAUGUACCUGGCAAAAAUAGAGGCAAAAGACCUAUACGAUGUCAAGGUCGAGAUUCUAAAUAUCAUGGAGGUCCUUGAUCUAACGAGGGAUUCGCUGGGACGGGCUGCUCGGGCCCUCGAGAAUCCGCGUACUGCCACGGGAGAGAAUUCCUUAGAUAAACUCAACACCCUUCUUUUGGAUCUCGAAUUUAGGGGAUUCACUUCUGAGUCCUUCUCUCAAUUAAAAGGGAAGGUACCCCUGCGAAGGGGUUGGGACUAA